GGUAGGCAGGCUCGUUUCCCCGUGGAAGAGGGCAGCCUAUAGCGGGGGCCAAGGGCAUUUACUCCGUGGUCUCGUUGUCUGGAUGGUUUCUGAUUCUGGUGAUUUUAUCAUAUUUAAUUUGAAUCAUGGCGACUGAUUCCCCUGCCCGGAGUCUGGAUGAGAUCGACCUGUCUGCUCUACGGGACCCAGCAGGCAUCUUUGAGCUGGUGGAGUUGGUGGGCAAUGGAACCUACGGACAGGUGUACAAGGGUCGUCAUGUCAAGACAGGGCAACUUGCAGCCAUCAAGGUCAUGGAUGUCACCGGGGAUGAGGAAGAGGAGAUUAAAGCAGAGAUCAACAUGUUGAAGAAGUACAGCCACCAUCGGAACAUUGCUACCUACUACGGUGCCUUCGUCAAGAAGAACCCUCCUGGCAUCGACGACCAGCUAUGGUUGGUGAUGGAGUUCUGUGGUGCAGGCUCAAUAACAGAUCUGAUUAAGAACACCAAGGGGAACUCUCUGAAGGAGGAGUGGACUGCCUACAUCUGCAGAGAGAUCCUCAGGGGUCUGACCCAUCUCCACCAGCACAAGGUCAUCCACAGAGACAUCAAGGGUCAGAACGUCCUGCUGACGGAGAACGCAGAGGUCAAACUGGUGGACUUUGGUGUGAGCGCCCAGCUGGACCGGACGGUGGGGAAGAGGAACACCUUCAUCGGGACUCCCUAUUGGAUGGCUCCUGAGGUCAUCGCCUGUGACGAGAACCCUGAGGCCACCUACGACUUUAAGAGUGACCUGUGGUCUCUGGGUAUAACAGCUAUAGAAAUGGCAGAAGGAGCCCCUCCACUUUGUGACAUGCACCCAAUGAGAGCUCUCUUCCUCAUCCCACGAAACCCCGCCCCCAGACUCAAGUCCAAGAAGUGGUCUAAGAAGUUCCAGUCGUUCAUUGAGAGUUGCUUGGUGAAGAGUCAUGGUCAGAGACCCAACACAGAGCAGCUGUUGAAGCACCCCUUCAUCAGAGAGCUGCCCAACGAACGACAGAUCCGCAUCCAGCUGAAGGACCACAUCGACAGAACCAAGAAGAAACGUGGAGAGAGGGAUGAGACAGAAUAUGAGUACAGCGGGAGUGAAGAGGAGGAAGAGGAGCGAGACGUGGGGGAGCCAAGCUCCAUCAUCAACAUCCCCGGUGAGUCGACGUUAAGGCGGGACUUCCUGCGUCUGCAGCUGGCCAAUAAGGAACGCUCUGAGGCUCUGAGGCGGCAGCAGUUGGAACAACAGCAGAACGAGGAACACAAGCGCCUCCUACUGGCCGAACGACAGAAACGCAUAGAGGAGCAGAAAGAACAGAGGAGGAGACUGGAGGAGCAACAGCGUAGGGAGCGUGAGUUGAGGAAGCAGCAGGAGAGAGAACAGAGAAGACGCUAUGAAGAGAUGGAACAACUACGGAGAGAUGAGGAGAGGAGGCAUGCGGAGAGAGAACAGGAGUAUAAGCGUAAGCAGAUUGAGGAACAACGUCAAGCCGAGAGACUACAGAGACAGUUACAACAGGAGAGAGCCUACCUGGUAUCUCUACAGCAGCAGCAGCAGCAACAACAACAACAACAAAACCAAGAUGGCCGACCAGGCGAGAAGAAACCGCUGUAUCACUAUAAAGACUCAGCUAGUCCUACUGACAAACCUGCAUGGGCUAAAGAGGUGGAGGAGCGGUCCAAGCUGAACAGACAGAGUUCUCCGGCGCUGCAGCAUAAGGCCGUCUCCAGCCGGGUCUCUGAGGCCUCCCUGCCUCCUCGCUCCGAGUCCUUCAGCACUGCAGGGAUGCAGCCGGCCCGUACCCCACCAACACACCGCCCAGUUGAACCACAGAUGGCCCACCUGAUCCCAGUGAAGACUAUGACAGGCUCUCAGUCUCUGCAGGAGAGCACAGGAGGAGAGGCGGGGGGGAUGGGGAGGAGAGGGGAGGAGGGGGGAGGCAUGCCCCCCCGUCAGAACUCUGACCCCACCUCUGACUCUAACCCCGCCCCUCCACCUCGUACCACUAGCCGAGAGGACGAUGAGCUUCCCCCUAAGGUCCCUCAGAGAACCACCUCGAUCUCCCCAGCCCUGAUGAGGAAAAACUCCCCCAACGGACAGGGACUCAUACGAGCCAGUAAUCCAGACCUGAGAGCAUCAGAGUUGUGUCUCGAUACUGCUCUACAGAGGUCCUCUCACUCCUCCUCCUCAUCCUCACCUUCAUCACAGAGAGGUCCACCAGUCCAGGAGACCUCCCCCCCAGCAGAAGCCACUCAGGAGGUCAGGAUCAGACCGGACGAGGGACGAGACUCAGGCAGACCCAGCAGACCUGCCGACCUAAGUGCGCUGGCUAAGGAGCUGAGAGAGUUGAGGGUAGAGGAGGGCAGUAGACCUCCAGUGAAGGUGACAGACUACUCAUCCUCGAGUGAGGAGCGAUCAGAGAGCAGCGACGAGGACGGAGAGACGGGGCAAGAUGGGACUGUGGCUGUCAUGCCGCAGCAGGGUGAAGCGUAUGGAGGUUUGACUGAAGAACCUCUGGCGGGAUCCUUCAACACAACACAGGACAGCACUCUGAUCAUGAGAGAGGCGGAGGAGAGGAGGAGGGCACCAGGCCAUGGUGAGAGUAACGGGUUCCAUAGCAACCAUCACGGCAGCGGUAACCAAGGCAAUCUCCCUGACCUGGUCCAGCAGAGCUCCUCCUCUUCACCCUCAACCCUGGAUGCACUGAAAGAGCAAUUUGGAUGUGAAGCAUCCUUCUCCCCAUUGGGUGACCCACGGUCCUAUCAGACCUCCCCUACUGAAGAUGAGGAACAGAGCUCAGCUGGUCUGUUCACCAGUGAGUUGCUGCAUCAGGAGCAGGAGCAGGCCAGACUAGCCGAGGCCAGAAAGAUCAGCGUGGUCAACGUGAACCCAACCAACAUACGACCUCACAGUGACACGCCUGAGAUACGCAAAUACAAGAAGCGCUUCAACUCUGAGAUACUGUGUGCUGCUCUCUGGGGUGUGAACCUGCUGGUGGGGACAGAGAAUGGUUUGAUGUUGCUUGACCGUAGCGGUCAGGGGAAGGUCUAUAACCUAAUAACCAGGAGACGCUUCCUACAGAUGGAUGUCCUGGAGGGACUUAAUGUCCUGGUUACUAUAUCAGGGAAGAAGAAUAAGCUGCGUGUGUACUACCUGUCCUGGCUGAGGAACAGGAUAUUACACAACGACCCAGAGGUGGAGAAGAAGCAGGGCUGGGUCACUGUGGGAGAGCUGGAGGGCUGCGUACACUACAAAGUCGUAAAGUACGAGAGGAUCAAGUUCCUGGUGAUCGCUCAGAAGAACGCAGUGGAGAUCUAUGCCUGGGCCCCCAAACCCUACCACAAGUUCAUGGCCUUCAAGUCGUUCACUGACCUGCAGCACCGCCCUCAGCUGGUUGACCUGACGGUGGAGGAGGGGCAGAGGUUAAAGGUCAUCUACGGCUCCAGCCUGGGCUUCCAUGUCAUCGACGUCGACUCUGGCAACCCUUACGACAUCUACGUCCCCUCACACAUUCAGACCCAGGUGACUCCCCAUGCCAUCGUGAUUCUUCCUAAGACAGACGGGAUGGAGAUGUUGUUGUGUUAUGAAGAUGAGGGAGUGUACGUCAAUACCUACGGACGCAUCACUAAAGACGUCGUGCUGCAGUGGGGAGAGAUGCCUACUUCUGUUGCCUAUAUCCACUCUAGCCAGAUCAUGGGCUGGGGGGAGAAGGCCAUAGAGAUCAGGUCUGUGGAGACAGGACACCUGGACGGGGUCUUCAUGCACAAGAGAGCCCAGAGACUCAAGUUCCUGUGUGAGAGGAAUGACAAGGUGUUCUUUGCGUCGGUGAGGUCUGGAGGCAGCAGUCAGGUCUUCUUCAUGACUCUCAACCGUAGCUCCAUGAUGAACUGGUGAAACUAACUCCUCCCACUGUCUUCCCAUUGGCCUGCUCAGCUGUCCAUCACGGGCCAAAGCUAAUUUCAUAAGCCAAUUAAAACAAUGGUCCAAGAGAAUCAAAUCGCACCCUGAAUCAAACAAGUGAAUUGAAAAAUAGGAGUCCAACACUGAAUCAAUCGAACGCUGAGAGAAUCAAAUAUCAAAUCAGUGUGAAAGAAUUGAAUUGUAAAUGAAUCAAGCUCUGAGAAAAUCAAACUUGAAGACAUUGAAACACUGAGAGACUACAACACUGUAACAGACUUAAUGGACUAUAAAGAUUAAAAUAAUAAAAAGAUACAUGACUAUUAAGAAGAGGAGUCUGAAGGUAGAGGAGUGUUUGGAUCAACGGAGGCGCUGGUUUCCCGGUUUUCCAAGAUCUCGACUACCGUCUGUGGAGAUGAACCGGUACUUCCGGAUCCUAAUCUUUCUUUCUCUCCUCCCCUUCACCUUUCACUUCCCCUCUCUCUCUCGACCACUCCACCCCUCUUCUCUAAAAUAUCAGCUAUGUCCCUUUAAAACAAAAUCACAGCCUCUGUCUCCCUCCUCUUCUCCAUUCCUCCUUUCCUCUUCUCCUCCCAUCCCUCUCUCCACUCUGAAGUCUUUCAAUUCUCAAGGUGCUGCAUCAGAUAAACUGUAAUGUUAUAAAAUAAAUAAAAUAAUAACAUUCUGCUGUUUACUAGAAAUAUGCUUUCAUUCUGUCUUUUAAAUAACACAUUGUUCAAGUUUUGUUUCUUGUCUAUUUCGGUACUUUAAAAUGACUUUUGAAUUGUAAUGUUUAAGAGCUUGAUAACUUGCACAGCACACGGCUAGUUUCUGUCGUUCAGUUUGUGUGUUUUAUUUUAUGCUGAAAUGCCAGAGAAAAACCUAAUUCAACUGAGAAUCAUUUGAGAAUUGUCUGAGAAUUAACCACUCUGUGUCUGUCUGUCUUAUCUGUCUCUGUGUGUAAAGAAUGAUUGUGUAAAGCUGUGUCCCACCUGAUUGUGACUCCUUCCUGUUUGUACAGUGCCUAGCAUGAUGAAGCCAACUGAUUUAUCUACCGUUGUUUUGUUCACGCUUUUCUGUUGCUUUACCAUUUUAUUUGAACACUUUGGUAGCAUCUUGUCCUUAGAUUAAACUAGAUAAUUUCAUCGUAAACAACUUAAUUUAUAAAAAAAAAUAAUAAUGUUUAAGAGCUUUUAUGAUAUACAUUAGCAUUUCUGAAAACAAAGACGAGAACAUCUGAAGCUGUUGUCCUUAAUGAAAUGCUGUAGAACUCCAUUACCCAGAAUGCAACGGUUCUGUAAGGUGUGAGUGGGUCAUGGAUGCAUAUGUGACUACAAACACAUUCAUCCAAAAAACAUUACAUUCACCGAGACCCACUCCCUCAAAUUACAAACAAGUGUAGGGGCGACACUUUUGUCCGGAAAUUAAACUUCCAGCUCAUUUAAAUGUCAUGCUUAAAUUACUGUUAUGGAGGCAGGUUGCUUUUAGGAAUGUUAGCAAUAAAGAGCUGUGCUGAUUGAACUAGUGUGUGUGUGUGUGUGUGUGUGUGUGUGUGUGUGUGUGUGUGUGUGUGUGUGUGUGUGUGUGUGUGUGUGUGUGUGUGUGUGUGUGUGUGAGAGAGGUGUUGGGUGUAUCACUCUCUCUAUCUGGUGAACAGACUGCUGAUCACUACUGUUGGACUCUGUCUUUAAAAGAAAAACUCUAGACCUCUUUGUUUCUGAACGACA